AUGCCGCACGCCUUCAUCACCGCGAAGUUGGACCCGAACUCGGAGGAGUUCUACGAUGUCUUGGUGCACGAUCCGUCAAAGUUGAUCAUCGUCAAGUUGCAGCAAUGCCCCGGGCUCGUCAAGCAUGCCAGCUCCCCUGACAGCUCGCCUUCCCCCGUCCUCAAGGUGCACGCUUCCCCGAUGGCGGUCAUGAAUGUGGCCGAGGAGAUCGGAUUUGAGUUGGAGGAGCCACUCACCCAGACCCCUCCCGACGACCGCCACUUCAUCUGGCGCCUCCACAAGCCGCACAAGCUGCCGUCGAUGACGGAGCUGAUCGACCAGGCCGAU